UUUUUUGUCGUGUCAAACAACGCAAGUUACUGCAAUGAAGUACGAGUUACUAAAUUAUGAACGCUACCAAAAAUGUCAGCUUCCACGAAGUCCCAUUGAUUGUUCAUUUCCCGUGUUUCCUUGCUGUUAUUUGCCUUGUUGAACGUUUCUUACAAAUCGUUGAUCAAUAAUUUAAAAAGUAAGGAUGGAUGAUGAGGAUGAUGAUUUUGGGGACUUUGGUGGAUUUGAGGCAGCUGAUCCUGCGUUUCCAGUAGUAGAUGAGAUUCAGCCAAGUGUGGAAGCAGGCCCUUCACCCUGGGCAAUAUUAGACACUGCUUCUCGGAGUCAGGUUGGAAUGCGACCAGACCUGUUAUGUGUUCAGAACCAGUUUCCCCCAGUGUUGGAUCCAACAGUUCCGACUCAGCUGUCCAAUGGGGAUGUGACAAACAAUCAGGGACCGACCACACCCCCUCAAGAGUUACCCCCAGCCCUGGACAGUCCAAAUAAUAAUGCAGCAUCCCUCGUAAAUGACAUUCUGGAUGGUAGUUUCAACAGAGCAACAGAACCUAAUUCUCAGAAUUCUCAUCCAAAUCAAGAAGCUAGUGCCCUCCAAGUACCUGACAUUCAGGAAACUAAUGGCACAGAGACUAACAACUCUGAAACAUUCCAAUCCCACAAUUCUCAGUCAGGAACAAGUGAUGGGGCUGCACUGCCAGUCCAGAGACAAGACGCAGCCGCUCAACCGGAACACAGCAGCUCCUCCCAGCCAUUCAAGCUUAACACAUCUACAACAAAAGAUAAUAAUAUAAGAUUGGGAGGGGGACUAAAUAUUGCUGAGAUUAAAGUUCCUCAGAAACCAGACACUAAUAAUAUAGUGCCCCCUAUUCUUUCUCAUGAUGCUCAGCCUGUAGAACAACAACUGAGUCUGAGGCAAAUUCAACGUGAAUCUUCAGAUGCUGUCAGAAGUGUUGUACAGGAAUACAAGACCUUGGUGCAGUCCAGUUUACAGAAUCACCAAGAGUCAGUCAACAACCUGCUGCAGAAAAACGACAAAGAGAGACAACUCCAGUUAGAGUUAGCUAUAGCUCAGCAGAAUAAAGACAUGGAAGCAGCUGUACAGGAAAUGAGACAAAGCCUCAAAGAAGAACUUGAACGUAUUGCUCAAGAAUCCAUUCACACUUUUAAGGAGGAAAUGAAGGAAACAUUAGAGAAGGAGAAGAAACAGAUACAGGAAGAAAUGCAAUCAGAAUUACAGAAGGAAAAAGAUCGUAUUAAUGAUCUUGUACAGGAAGCAGUUUCAGCUGAAAGGGAACGAGGUGCACAGCAAUUGACAGAACAAAAGGAUCAAUUCCUUCAGCUUAUUGAGGAAACAAAACAGCAAUCUCUGAGUCAAACCCAGAAUUUACUGGAGCAGGAAAGGAAGCAGUUUCAGGAAACGCUUAAGAAGCAUAUGGAGGAAGAGAGGAAAUCUCACAAAGAGUCAAUGGAUCGUGUUAUUGAGUUUGCCAAUCAAGAAAUGCGGACAUAUCUACAAGAGAAUCGGCAGAUGGAUAGACAAUUGCACCAAAGACAGCAUGCUAGCUUGGAUGUGUUCUUAAGUAGUGCCAGAGAACAGUUAAAACUUUUAAUGGAAAAUGAUACCAUGUUACCAAAUGAACGAGAGAGUGAGGAAGAGAAUAGUAACCCAGAGGAAAAAGGCUCUUCAAAUGAUACAUGAUUAUUCAACAUACCCUCUGCAUGCAAAAAAAACAUAUUUUUCAAAUCAGAAAAUUUGACGCAUUCUUUGAAAAAUAUAAACUAAUAUUUGUUCAAUGACAUUCUGUCAAAUAUGAUCUCUUCAUUAUUUGCUUAAAAUAGAUUUUUGAAAAGUCUUAAGGAAACAGUAAUUCUCUUUAAAAAUAUCCAGAAAAUAUAUUAACUGUAUUAUCAAAUAAUGCACAAACUUCAGAAUACUGUGUGUGUACAUAAUUUGGCGUAUUCAAAAUUUAGCACAAUCAAUGGGUGUGGAGUUGUUGGCGUACUAAUGAAUUAGUGCUACACAAAUUCCUGAUGUAUAUUCUUUUUAUAAAUGAAUAUUUAACAGCAUUCAUGAAUUAGUGCAUUUUUCUCUGCGCCAAAGCCGCUAAAAUAUGAAGCCCGUUAUUUAAAGAUAAAUAUUUCCUUUUCAUGUAUAUGUAGUAAUUUGUUAUUGCAUCAGUUUAGUCUCUUUUUCCUCAAAAUGAGAAAUAUCUGCAAUAUACUCAACAAAAAGUGCAAUAUUUGUUGCUAGUUCACGCUAAUGAAUACAUGUACUGUAGAUUCCUUAUUUUUUGCGGAUACUUUUUAUCUUGAAUGGGCUCUUCAACAGCAAAUCGUGAGAUCAAAAGUUUUAUCAUAGAUUUUAGCACCAUAAAAAAAAUAAAUACGAGUAAUUUAAUUUAGUUUUUGGUGCUUCUCGCAAAAUUAUGCGAUAAUUAAUUCCACGCUUAUAUUAAGGAAUCUACAGUAUGAAGAAUGAUGCAAAUUUACUGUUGUUUUCAAAGAAACUAAAAACUAGACAUAUAUGUUUUAUAAUGUAAUUCCAAUGUUCUUCUCCUAAAACGAGCAACUUGUGCUAAUUACUUGUGGGAGAAGAGAAAAUGAAAUUCUGCUUGUAGCAGCAGUGUAUACAUAUCAAGGACUUCUAAGAUAGUCAUGUAAAUAUAUGUAUGAAAUACAAUUGUAGAAAAAGAUUUUGCUAUUCCUACAUCAUGCAUAUAUAUUGGCUGUUGAUCAUUUUCUAAAAAAAAAAAACAAACAAAAACAAAAUACCAACAUGUGGGGAAAAGGUUGAAUUCUUUUUUUGUAUUUUCAUUCCUUAAAUAUAUUUUAAUUUUGGAAACAUUUCAGAGGUUGACAUUUUCAUCAUAUUUGUACAAGAAAAGAAGGAGAAUAUAUGUUGAGCUUUAUUCACAUGCACAAUUAACGAAAAUAAAUUGGGAUACUAGUACUCUCAUACCAAAAUUUG